AUGUCGGACGCCCAAAACAUCCCUAACUUUAAGCUCGUUCUUGUCGGUGAUGGUGGUACUGGUAAAACCACGUUCGUGAAGCGCCAUCUGACGGGUGAAUUUGAGAAGAAGUACAUUGCAACGCUUGGUGUAGAAGUGCACCCGCUCCAGUUCCACACGAACUUUGGCCCGAUUGUGUUCAACGUCUGGGACACAGCUGGUCAGGAGAAGUUCGGUGGUCUGCGUGACGGUUACUACAUUCAAGGCCAGUGCGGUAUCAUCAUGUUUGAUGUGACGUCUCGUAUCACGUACAAGAACGUCCCCAACUGGCACCGUGACUUGGAGCGUGUGUGUGAAAACAUUCCCAUCGUCCUGUGUGGCAACAAGGUUGAUGUGAAGGAGCGAAAGGUGAAGACGGGUGCUGUGACAUUCCACCGCAAGAAGAACCUGCAGUACUUUGAAAUUUCUGCCAAGUCGAACUACAACUUCGAGAAGCCAUUCUUGUGGCUUGCCCGCAAGCUUGUCGGCAACCCAGCUCUUGAAUUUGCUGCUGCCCCAGCUCUUGCUCCUCCAGAGGUCCAGGUUGACCAGAACUUGAUGGAACAGUACAACAAGGAGCUUGAAACCGCUGCUGCCGCGCCACUUCCUGAUGAAGACGAUGGCGACCUUUAA